AUGGAACAUAUCAUACAACAAAUACAAGAGCUGGAAAGCCUAAAUAAAAGAGAAGAGGAAAAGAUAGAACAAGAAAGAUGUAAUCAUCAUGAAUCCUCAAGAGCUAAAGAGAGAGUAUUGAUAGAGAUGGACGAAUUGGAGAAAAGGAAUCAAGCCUUGUGUGAAUCAAUCUUCCAAUUUGAUGUAAAUUUGGAUGGAACAAGACAACAAAAUAAUGAUGUCAAACUCUUAUUGAAGGAAUCAAAGCUGGUAAGUAAUUCUGUAUUUGUAGAUAACUCGGAAAAGAGACUCAGACAUAUGCAAAAUCAACUAGAGCAAAGAAAAGGAGAAGUAGAGGGUAUUAGAGGAGAAGUGGCAACAAAAAUUUAUGAAAUCAAUAUUAGGUUUGCAGCAAAGAUCAAGGAGAAUUCUUUGGGAAAUGUCAUCAAGCAAGUAGAAACUUUAAAGAAGAAGUUCACAGAAUUGAAAAGAAGGGAAGAAUUGAAAAAGAAAUUUGAACCAAUUGAGGAAUUAGAAAGGUUAUCCAGCUCUAUCUCUUGCAUGGAAAAAGAAGAGGCAGACUUUGAUGUUGUGCUUUCUUCCAAGGCUGACCUGAUUGAGCAAAAAAAGAUGGAAUUAGAUCUGCUAUCAGGAGAGUUAAGACAAUGUGCAGAAAAAGUGGCUGCUCGCACUGAGCAAGAUAUGAAUAUUGACUAUUCCUUGUUGGUAGAAGCAAACUUUUCAGAUCAAGUAUCACAAAAUGUGGUCUCAUCCUUCUUGGAGGAAAAAUCCAAAUUGUUGGUAAUACGAGAGAGACUGGCAGAGGAGGAUGGAAUGGCAAGCGCUUUGGAGGUAAAGUUCGAAAAAACUGCUGAAAAGACUCAAGAGUUGAGUAAGACACUCUCUGGUUUGAAUUGUUCAAAAUGCUCCAUUUCUAUGACUAUUUAG